ACCACCACCACCACCACUACUACUACUACUACUACUACUCAUUGCAACACCAUAAUCAGUAGCAUCUGCUUCAUUAUCAACACCAUCACCAUCUGUACCAGACAUCUAUCGGUGCAUGCCCGCCUGCCGCCUGUCACCGUAUUUGUGAUGAAUACUGCUUAUGUUCUCUGUUUCUUCAUUUCUGCAUUAGUUUUAGUAACUUUUUCGCACAAGCAAGAUUUGGCUCUGCCUGAAGAGUUGUUAGAAAGACAAAGUGAAAACGUGACAAGACGAACCAAAAGUAAGGGACAUGUAAUGUUAUGCGCCGGGUGGCAUAGGCCAUGUAGUCCCAUCCAAAAGACACCAGGUAGAACGUGCUGUCGAGGCCAUGCUUGUAUUUGUAAUGUUUACUGGACGGCGUGCACAUGUGUGGAAUCUUUCUUUUAUAAAUUUAGAUCAGGAGCUACAACAAUAUGCAACGAUAUGUAUAUGAGCAUUUCUUUACUUUCUGCUUUUCGCCUGUGGAGUAGUUCUGCCUGGCCUGGGUGUUGCGAUAACCAUAAUCCAAAGUAAUGCAAAUCAAGCAAAAAAAUAGCAAUUAAACCGCGUUUUGACAUUAUAUGAAACAAUAUUUCAAAGUAUUGACACAUAAAACUUGGUAAAACUUAAUAUCAACGUCCAUUGUACAAUUCAUAUGUAGAAAAUGUGUUAUACAGAGUGUGUUUAUGAGUUACGUUUCUUUGUUGCAUGUCACGCUAUUUAGAAGGAUGUAGUGUUAUUAUAUGAACAAGAAGAAACAAAACAUAAUUUUUAUGCAAUAUUUGAAGACAAGUGAGAUGUAAACAGUCUCAGUUUAAAUGUGUCUCAAUUCUUUUUACCAAAACUAAAAAUACAAAGUAAAGUAAAACUUGCUUAUUAAGGAUUCGGAUUACAGUAUAUAACAUUAGGUUAGAGGAGAAAAAAAAAGACGAAUCCGGUAUUACUUGGACAAUAAUAAAUUUAUGACAAAAGAGUCCAA